GCUUGCGUUGUUGAAAAUGAAAAUGCCGAAGAUCCAACCAUGGAAAAUGUUACCUUUCUAUAUACUUUGGCUGAUGGAAUAUGUCCAAAAUCUUAUGGAUUUUUUGCUGCAAAAAUUUCUGGACUCAGGAAAGAGGUUAUUCGAGCUGCAUUUGCUGCUUCACGGCGUCUUGAUGAGGGAAAAACACGAAAGGAACGUGUGGCAAAAUUGCGGCGACUUGCACUAAAUGAGGAAUGUAGCAUAGCACAACUUAGGGAAGAUUCUCUAAUCAUACUGUGCUGGGCAUUGGCUAGUGGCAACGAAAUUACAUCGAGUUGA